AAAUCAUCGCUGACCACGGGGGAAAGACCGCUGCCCUCCGCUAAACCCCAACACCUCUGCUCCGUGCCGGUUAAUGAAAAGGAAACAAACAAGCUGUUUAACGUGGAAGAAACUAUUCUCUUGAGCUCCUAUAGUCUUCCUUCCGGCAACAAUGGAUGAACCACUUGUAUGUGCUGUCCCAUCAAGGAUGCAUUUGAUGCCCAUCUGUAGAUGACUGCAGCGGUGAUCUUGUGUCACCUGUCACUGCCCUGAUCAAAGAAAAAACAUUGGCACCCGUUACAGCUGCACACUGGGUUAGCUUCAUUCAAUGGCAGGAACUGUAACACAAUUUUUCUUCAAGACUUACUGCCCUCUCACACCCCUCCCUCCACCAAUGGCUGCUCCACUUGGGAAUGCCCUUGUGGCCGAGUAUGAUGGGGAGAUCAGCAUCAAUGUUGGGGGUUUGAAGAAGAAACUAAGCUACCGAACCUUAGCAAGGUUCCCGGAGACCAGGCUGGGCCAACUUCUACGCUGCUGCUCCACAGAAUCUGUCCUCGAGUUGUGCGAUGACUACGACGAGGAGGAGAAGGAAUUUUACUUUGACAGAAACCCUGCCCUCUUCCCUCUAGUGCUGAACUUCUACCACACGGGCAGACUCAGGACCACAGGCAAAGCAUGCAUCUUCAUGCAGGAAAUUGAGUACUGGGGCAUUGAGGAGUUCUUCAUUGAUCCACCCUGCUGCAGCCCUGAUCACCAGGGCCACAGCAUGGCAACUGAUCUGGACGAAGGGGAGGAAACAGCCAGUGAUCGAGGCAGCACCACCUCAUCCCUCGACGAGGUCCUAACCUUCUUCAAGGAUGCAUCAAAGUAUGACAGCCAGGUCUUUGGGAACUGCCGGCGGCGGCUGUGGUUAAUGCUGGAAAACCCCGGUUACAACAUCAUUAGCAGGAUUUACAGUGUGCUGUCAAUAAUGAUGGUUUUGGGAUCCAUAGCCACCAUGUGUCUGAACAGCAUGGGUGAGUUCCAGCUGGUGGAUCAACAGGGAAACAACAGAGACGAUCCCCGGUUUGAGAUUGUCGAGCAUUUCUGCAUAGGCUGGUUUACCCUUGAGCUUCUGGCCAGGAUGUUUGCUUCACCAAGCCUGCUGCAAUUCUUCAGGCUCCCACUGAAUGUCAUUGACCUGAUGUCCAUCUUACCCUUUUACCUGACGCUGCUGGUGAACCUAGCCGUCGACAGCAGCCCCACCUUGCCUAAUCUCGGCCGGAUGCUGCAGGUCCUCAGGCUGAUGAGGAUCUUCCGCAUCCUAAAACUUGCCCGCCAUUCCACGGGCCUGAGGUCGCUGGGGGCCACCUUGAAACACAGCUACAGGGAGGUGGGGCUUCUCCUUCUCUACCUGUCAGUCGGGGUGUCUGUUUUCUCCGUGGUGGCCUACACCAUCGAGAAGGAGGAGAACUCCGGGCUGACCACCAUCCCCUCCUGCUGGUGGUGGGCCACUGUCAGUAUGACCACGGUGGGAUACGGAGAUGUAGUCCCCAUCAGCAUUGGGGGUAAAUUAACGGCCUCUGCCUGCAUUCUGGCUGGGAUCCUGGUGGUGGUGCUCCCGAUCACACUCAUCUUCAAUAAGUUCUCCCACUUCUACCGGCGUCAAAAGAACCUGGAAAAUGCCAUGAGGAGCUGCGAGUUCGAUGAGGGUCUGGCUGAAUUACCCCUGCUUAACCUUCGCGACUAUUAUGCAGACAGGAUGAAGUCGCUGAUGGUCAGCCUCAACAACAUGAGCAGAGAGUCCUCCACCGAGCACAGUAUGAACAAUUCAGUGCACUGAAUCCAGCCUGAAUGUAGUCAUCAUGAUAUAGCUCAUAAUCACAACCCAAACUGUUUGAUAUUGUGGAUCUAAAGCAUGUGGAAACAACUAUCCACCAACCAGUGUUUCAAACCCAGUUAAUGUACACAGUGAAGAGCCAUUACCUUGUUCACCACACAUGAACCUCCAAUAUUGCAAGACGUUCCCGACAUGAUUCUGAUGCAAAUUGAGCCUGAGCAGUACAAGAAUGAAACAAGAAUCAUUUUUAGAAACAUUUUAAAGGAGGGGGAGGGGGAGAGAGGGAGAGAGAAAAGAAAUAAAUAGUGAGUUUGGGAAGAGAAUUCCUGAGCUUCAGGGUCAGGCUGCUGAAGCUUUGCUGCCAGUGGUGAUCACAACAAAUUCAAGGAUGAGCCUUGGAGAAUAAGAGGAAGUUACAUUCCAAUGAGACAAUAGAUGCUUUGAACACAGAGGAGAGCUUUUUAAAUACUGGCUUUUUUUUAGAAUACCAUCCAAUGGUUCAACCUUGUUCUUAAACUGACACUAAUUUGCACAGGAACUAUUAAUUACUAGACUAUUUAUUUUUACAGGAGAUCAAACCACUUUAGGCUGGAGAAACUGUUACCCAGAGACCAAUAGAAUGUAUAAUUAGGACCAUACUAAAAUAAAAUUCAUUGUAAAAUAUAAUAAAAUGUUUUAUGUGCACUAAAGUGGUAAUAAUUAGAACUGUCCAGUCUAUAAAUUCCAUAGUUAGAAUCGUGCAAGUUCCAAGUUUCUACAUGGCUUAUCCAUGUUAAAAGUUUGGCAAACAACCUCCCUAAAGUGGAAAAAACCCAAGUACAGUCACGCAGAUUUUCCUUCCACUGAAGCCACAACACUGAAAGGGGACCUCAUUUAAUUGGUAUAUGAUAUUCUGAGAAAUAAAAGAAUAAAUUUAAUGUGCAGAGAGAAGGGCAAAGCUAUAAACAUUACAGAGGUUACAGCAUGGAAGAACAUCCAACUUGUUUAAUUCAUGCCAGCUUGUUUCAAGAGUAAUCUAAUCAAUCCCACUUCACUACACUUCUCCUCAUUACCCCUGUAAAUCCUUUCCAUACAAUUCCCCUUUUAACACCACAAUUAAAUCUACCUGCACAUUACUGCACUGAGGAGAGGGUGGAGGAGAUACACCAGGAUGUUCACUGCCAUAGAAGACUUUAGAUAUAGGGAGAAAUUGUAGAGGCUGGCUUGUCUUCCCUGGAGCAAGCAAGGCUAGGGAGUAACCUGAUGAGUGGCAUAAAAAGGGUAGAUAGAAUCUUCUGCGUAUGGCAGGGGUAUUAAGAAUAAAUGGGCGUAGGUGCAUGGUGAGAUUGCAAUGAGAUCAGUUUGACACGGAGUACUGGUUUUUGGAAUAUGUUGUUAGAGGAGCUGAAGUUAGAUAGAGUCAGUGAAGAAGCAGUUAGAUAGGCACUAAAGUAAUACUCACAAAAUAUUCUAUUUAUAGAGCAUUUUUCAAGCAGAUGAUGCAGUUCAAAGUGCUUUACAAUGGGAUAAAAGUACAACCAUGAAAAAAUAAAAAUAAAAGACAAGAUGUUAAUUAAAGGCAAGGUUUUGAGCUGGUGUUUAAUAGUGUUAGCUGAGUCUGUAUCCCUUAUAGUUUUAAGGAUUAAGUUCCACACUUUAGGAAAAUGGUUCAAAAUAAAAGCACACCUUCCAAUUGUCUUUUCAGGGAGAUUGUUUAAAUUUAAAUUUAAGAGACCAGUAGAAGAAGAUCUGAGAGCUCAAGCAGGAUUAUAAAACGAAAAUGAUUCUGUGAUGUAGUCUGGUCUCAGACCAUUAAGAGCUUUAUAAGUAAAUAUGAGACAUUUAAAAUCAAUUCUAAAACAUACAGGAAGCUAAUAUAGAGUAGCCAGGAUGGGAGUGAUAUGCUCCCUCAUCCUGGCUUUAGCUAAAAGUUUAGCAGCGAUGUUCUGAAUGAAUUGAAGCUUGUCAAUGGAUUGAUUCAGGAAGCAAAUAAACAGUAUAUUGGAGUAACCUAGUCUAUUCAAUUUAAAGGCAUAAAUUAAUUUUCAGCAUCAUUGCGUGACAGAAACGGACAUACCUUUGCAAUAUUUCUUACGUGUAGAAAUGCUGCUCUGGUCAUUUUCUUUAUGUAGGAUUUAAAAUUCAAAUCUGAAUCAAGGAUAACACCCAGACCUGUUACUUCUGAUUUUACAAGGAGAACCAAGUUCCUAAGUUUAUCAAGAAGUUUACCUCUUUUGGCUUUGGGACCAACCAAAAGUGUAGUAGUUUUAUCUUCAUUUACUUUUAAGAAAUUAUUGCAUUUGUUUAUUGCAGCCAUACCAGAUGUCAGAGAGGAUAGGGUGUUAUCAGGCUCAACUGAGAUGUACAAUUGUGUGUCAUCUACAUAACUGUGGAAAUCAAGUUCAUGCUCUGAAAAGCAUGUACAAUGGGUAGGGAACUAAGACAUCUUCCCCGAGCAACAGCAUUGUAUCUCUUGGUAAAUUGGUCUCCAAGACAGACAAAAAAAUUCUCUCUAAGAUACAUGAAUGAAACUAAUUAAGUAGGCAUGGCAUAGUAGGGUAUUGUCCUAAUGUGGGAUGGGUGUAGAUGAGCUGAAAGGUUGGCACAGAAGUAAUGGGCCAGAGGGACUAUUUCUAUGACUCAGACACUGUAUUCCAGACCCUAAUCUUUUGUUGUCUCCUCUUUGAUUCUUUCACCAUUCACCUUCCUACACCGUCUGGCUCAGAUAUAAAUACACAUUUUUGAAUGGCAACAGCUCACUCUAUUUGCUUCGCAUCACUAGAAGAGAAUUGGUAAGAUCAGGUUCCUGGCACUGAGGCUAACAGCACUGUUCAGUGGUGAGCACCAUGAGUACGAUCGGCUGAAACAACUCGGGGAGUUUGCACACACACCCUUUGCCACCAGCUUUAUUCAUCCUGGCUCUCACACCUCACAUUCCCUCCUUAUUCUGCUGUUAGUCAUGAGCCUGAUUCACUUUCCCUCUGGAGUAAGUCACAUUGCAUCAGCAGGCUGUUCUUUGUGGCUGAGGGACACCUUAUUUUCUUCAUGUGUUACAUACAUUGGUACAUUGAUUUUUCUCCAUGUUUACCUUUUUUUUUAAAGACGUUCCCCUUACCUGUCACAAAAAUGAUAAAGCUGCAGAGCCACGAUGAAAGGCCAGUGUGUGUGGGACCAUUGCAGUUCUCUUUACAGGUUCACCUGUAAAGGUGGGCCAAGUUGCUGUGUGUUGUAACUGCAAAACAGAACUAACUGAAAGAAAAACACAGGGAGACCAGGAGCAUGUGUACUCUUAGUUUCAUUUUUACUUUAGCAAGGCACGCACAUAUUCACAUACUUUUACAUAUAACCAGUAAUAAAUUAUUUAAACAAAGAAUACUUAAUCAAACAAUAUAUUUACAAUAUUACUCAAGUAUUACUGAAAUAUCAAAUACACAACACUUAGCUAUAUACUCCAACUUAAUAUAGAUUGCAUCUCAAAUUAUAUCUGCGGAUCUAUCCCAAGCAACCAGGAAAAGAUUCGAGCCGACAUGGGGUAAAAGCAGGGGAGUGAGGAUGACUGGAAGAAUUGGAUCAGUCCAUGAUUGGAUGGUGGAACAGACUCAAAGGGCUGAGUAGUCUACUUCUGCUCCUAUAUCUUAUGGUCUUAUGGACUUCUAGAUCGAGUUAGAGCAAAAUCUAGUCACACAAUCAUAAGAGUAUAGGGUGUAAAGGGCUGAGGGUGCAGCCAUGUGGAGCACCAGUGUUGAGGAUAAUCUUGGCAGAGAUGUUGCUGCCUAUCCUUCCUACUGCAGCAUGUUGGUCAGGGAGUCAAGAAUCCAUCAGGGGAUGUGCUGAGUCCCAAGUCUAGGAAUUUCGAGAUUGCUUUGGUGUGAGUUGCGUAUGGGUUGGACUCAAUAAAUAGGGGUUUGACCUAGGUGCCUUUGUUAUUCAGAUGCUCCAGGUGUGUGUGUAGGACCAGGGAGGUGGAGUCAUUUUACACGUCCCCUUCCCUAAGAUGUAACUUCCCAGGACUUGAAUUUUCUUCUUCUUCUCCUCCUCCUCCUUCUUAGUCAACACCCUGAAUGAAGGAUGACUUGUUUCCUCUCUGGUUCUCUGAAUUCUUUGGUGAUUGAGGAGGCCAGGCCCUUUCACACAGAAGGUGUGGGGGCAGCUGGUGUCUGAUGGUGGGUAGUUAGUCAAAGUCAAUAUAUCAUGAAAUUAUGUAUGUGUCACACCACCUUGAGAUUCACUUUCUUGCUGGCAUUAACAGAAAAUAAAGUAGUACAAUAGAAUUUAUGAAAAGCCACAUUUAAGCACUGACAAACAACCAGAGUGAUUUUUGAGAGGUCCGCUCCUUCCACCACUUACCCAGUGCUUCUCUAUUUCCCUGAUGCCUGGCUUCAAGGUUCUCAGUGGCUCACUCUUGCUCCUUCUCCACUUUGGUCAUGGAUCAGAGGUUCCCAGCUAGCAGUAGGGAUGCUGCAAUUCUUCAAGGAGACAUCAGGCACAUCCUUGACUAUUUUCCUCAAUCCACUACUACACUCUUCCCAUGACAAAAUUGGUACAGAACUUUGGAAUACUGUUCUGAACCAUCUGUAUCAACGUACAGUGUUCUAUGUGCCCUGUAAAAUGGCUUCCAUGCCAACACUUAUCUCUGUGCACAACUGUAUUUGAAUGUAAUGGAAAUAAUGUGUACUAUUAAACAAAUACAUGCAGAUUUUAUGUGAAGCAGGGAAUGGGUAAAGCCUGCACAAUGUGGCAGAGAAAUUCCUGAGGAGUAUUCAGUGUAGCUUUUGUUUUGUUGUUUGAUAUAUUGGUGAGUGAGCAAAUAAAUGGACCUCUGCAUGUCAAAGUCUGACCCUUCAAUUGCAUGAAUUGCUUUUGGAAAUUCCACACAUCUGUGCUAUGAAUGUUAAGCCAGGACUGUCUGGAUGAUUCUCUUUUUGGAACAGUUGGCUAUGUCUUCACCACAAGGCAGAGAAAAUCUGCUCUACCACAUGAGAAUAAAGGAUACAAAUUACUGAAAUUUUAGUAUGUGGCUUAUUUUUCCUGCUGUGUGAUUUGGAUUAGGCCUUCCUAGCAGAAAGUUUAUAUUUAUUCAUGAUUUUAAUAAGAAUGAGAAGUACAUUUCAGAUACAUACUAUGGAAAAUUUAAACUGUAUAAACUAAAAAAAGUUGAAAUAUUUCACAUUCAUGGAACACACCAAUGUAGUGAGAUAACUAGAAGAAACUUGCAUAUUAACAGUUUGGUAAAUUCAUUUAUCAUUGUCACAUGUACUAAGGUACAGAGAAUAAUGUUGUUCUGCAUAUCCUCCACACAGACCAUUUAAUCACAUCAGUACAAGGGAAAAGCAAUAACAAUGCUUACAGAGGAAGUGCAAUGCGGGCAGGCAAUAAGGUUCAAGGCCAGAAUGAAAUAGAUUGUGAGGUCAAAUGUCCAUCAUAUCAUGUGAGAGGUGCAUUCAGUAAUCUUAUAACAAUGGGGUAGAAGCUAUCCUUGAACCUGGUGGUAUGCGUUUUCAGGGUUCUAUAUUCUCUGCCUAACGGGAGAAGGGAGAAGAGAGAAUGAACAGGGUGGGUGGGGACUUUAAGUAAUUGCUGCUUUAUUGAGGCAGGGAGAAAUGUCAAGAGUCAAAGGAAGACAAAGAAUUAUCCAUAAAUCUAGCUAUUUCAGUUGGCAUAUUCCGAUAUAUACUUAGUUCUGUUGAAUUGGCUAAGCUUAUUUCAUAUAAUUGUUCAAAGAUUGUUUAGAACCAUAGAACCAUAAAACAUUACCGCACAGAAACAGGCCUUUUGGCCCUUCUUAGCUGUUCUGAACCACUUUUCUGCCUCAUCCCACUAACCUGCACCUGGACCAUAUCCCUCCGUACACCUCUCAUCCAUUUAUUUUCCUAGCUCACUUAACAAGAAACUGAAGGGAACAAAUGAAUCGUCUGUCUGACAUUGCACGGGUUCAUCCCAGAUCCUCUACCACCUUCACUUUCCCAGGCUUCAGUCUUAAACCAGUACCGUGACUGAGCAUCCUCACACCUCUGGGAAGAAAACUCCACCAGUUCUGAUAAAGAAAUGGCUUCCUAUCUUAAUCUUAAGCGAUACAUGACCGGCCUUCAAAUAUACAGCAUUGGCAGUGGUGAUAUGCGAUGACACGCAAAGUCUUGUAGUUCUUCAUUUAUUUCACAGUACAUCCUUUAUUAAAAAGAAAGUGGAAUAUGAUUCCUAGGAACUGCUGAAUGGAAUAUCUGCGAAAAAUUCCAGAGGCUACUGCAGAUGGGAUUGGAGAAUCAGAAAUUAGGUUUAACAUCAUUCUUGAACUGAAGGGUUAUUAGGCAGAGGAAAUCUUCAAAGAGCAAUAGAACAAAAUCACUGUAAGUGGUCUGGUAGAUGCACAUAUCUAACAGACAUGCAGAAAUUCACAGACAGACCCAUACACCCACACAUUAAUUUUGUUUAAUAAUCCCUUGUGUGGCACCUUAUCAGAGGCCUUCUGAAAGUCCAAAUACAUCACAUCAACUUGUUGGCUCGUAAUCAUUUUUAUAUCAGAAUUGGAUGUAUUAUCGCUGAUUUAGAUUACAUGAAAUUUCUAGUUUUGUGGCAGCAGUGCAGUUCAAAUACAUAAAAUUACCAUAAAUUACAAGAUUAAAUAAAUCGUGUAGUGUUCAUUGACUGUUCAGAAAUCAGAUGGUAGAGGUGAAGAAGUUGUUUCUGAAUCAUUGGGUGUGGGUCUUAAGACUCCUGUACCUCCUCCCUGAUGGUAGCAAUGAGAAGAGACCAUGUCCUGGAUGAUGAGAAUGCAAAAAAGUUCCAGUACCUUUGGUAAGGUGGAGUCAUUCAAAGACCAAUAGGAAUAAGUCUUGGAGGCAGAGGGCACAGUAUUAAACCAGUGCCUUACAUCAGUCUUCACGCAGGAAUAAGAUGCUGUGGGAGUCUUAGCAAAUUAUGAUGUAAUUGGGAAUCUGAAAAGACUAACAUUUGAAAAAGAGGAGAUACUAGAAAGGCACUCGGUAUUGGUUAAUAAUUGUUACAUGUACCGAGAUACAGUAAGAAGCUUGCUUGCGUUCUGUUCAUACAAAUUGAAUCAUUGAGCUAGAGCAAGGUAGAACAAUAACCAUGCAGGAAAAUGUGUAACAGCUAAGAAAAAGUGCAGAGCAGGUAGACAGCAAGAUGGACAGUCAUAACAAGGUAGAUUGUUUG